GGCAGUAUCAACGGCACGCUCCCGCUAAAACCAGUGGCCGUAGCAGUUCGCGGCUCCCCUGCCUCACGCUUCCUGUUCGAACUCUUCGUCGCCUCACACUGGUGCUCCUCCUCUCCCCAUCGCUCCGCCACUCCCAUGGCGUCCCUCUUCGGGGCUGGCCGCCGGCGAUCACCGGAGGACGACGGCGAGGACGAUAGAUCCGGCAGAGGGAGGACCAAGCGCUUCCGCCUCUCCCCGGAGGAGGACGCAGCGUCGCCGGCGGAGGCGGGGCCCGGCGCGGCGACGGAGACCGGCUGGCUCUCCGGCUUCGUCUACGGAGCGAAGAGGGUCAUUUCUUCCGUUUUACUGUUCUCCUCGCCCGAGGAGACCGGCUCGGGGGAGGACGAGGAAGAGGAGAAGGACGACGACGACGACGAAGAGGGCAUCCACUUGAAUGAACAUGAAGCUACUCAUGACACUCAUGGAGCAAUAGUUCCUUAUAGCGAGCCAAAGCUUACUAUUGAGCAAAUGGUUAUGAAGGAAACAUUCUCAAGGGAUGAAUGUGAUAGGAUGGUAGAGCUAAUAAAAUCAAGAGUUAGAGAUUCUACUUUUCCUGAAGCCCAUGAGUAUGUAAAGCCAGAAGAAAUCCCUAGUAGGAAUGCAGGCAUUACACAUGACUUCACAGGAACAUGGCGCUCCUUGAGCCGUGAUCGGAAUGUCCCUGAAUCAGUUCCACUCUCUAGUAUGAGAACAAGACCUGGUAGUUUUUCUCAAGGCUCUCCACUCCAAGCAUCACCUGAGCUAUGCACUGCAGCAGUUACGGAAGCAAAAAAAUGGUUGGAAGAGAAAAGGCAGGGACUGGGCUUCAAGCCUGAAGACAAUGGACCAUGCACACUAAAUACUGAUAUACUUAGUUCUCAUGAUGACUCUGUCUCUGACCUGGGUUCUCCAGUUGAUUUAGCGAAAUCAUACAUGCAGUCGUUACCUCCUUGGAAAUCCCCAUUCUUAGGCCGUCAGAAGUUUAACACACCACCCUCCAAAUAUUUUAUCUCAUCAGCAGAGGUAACUACAAAGGAGGACUACCUUUCCAGCUUUUGGACAAAAUUGGAGGAAUCACAAAGAGCUCGUAUUGGAUCAUCUGGAGGUUCUGCUGAUGCUCCUAAAUUCUGGAAUUAUGGUUCUAAUUCCAGGUUAUUUGAGAAUGACACCUCUAUAUUUUCAUUGGGCACUGAUGAAAAAGUUGGAGAUCCUACCAAAAUCUAUAAUGGGUCUGGGAAAUUUGCAGCAACAGAACCAGUUGGUGGAUGCUGCUUACCUAUUACACCCACUGAAGAUAGAACUGAUGGUAUUACUGAGCCUGUGGACCUUGCAAGGAACAACGGGAAUGCACCCCAAGAAAACCAGGUUGCAUCUGAAAUUCUCCCUGAUAAAGUUCCAGAGGGUAACGAUGUGUCUUCCACUGGAAUUACUAAGGACACUACUGGCCAUAGUGGAGAUGUUAAAGCUCCCACUUCAGAACCACAUUUAGGGGAAACACGUAUCAACUCAGCAUCAGAAUCCAUACCAAAUGAUGCGGGCCCCCCAACCCAGAACAAAAAGAACGGGUCGACGACCAAGAAAACAUUAGUAAACGGUCUCGUGGACCAAUCAAAUGCCAACUCCGGGCUAGAAUCUUCAGGAAACGAUAACCCUAGCUACACCAACUCGAGCAGUGCUGUGCCACCCGCAAGCACCCAACCAGUCGAGUCUGCAGCCGCUGCUGUAGACGUUGAUUCGGUCGAGAAAGGCCCAGGUACGACACCAGAGCAACCGGCGAAGCGAAGGGCACCCAACGUUCGACGAGGACAGAGAAGGGUGCUGCGAAGCGCAACGAGAGAAGGAAGAGCGACGUAGGGGAUAUUGUGUUAUAGCGAAUUAAAGGGGGCAACACAUGAUCCCUAGCUAGGUUAACUAGAGCUAUAGCAAUGACUGGCCGUUUCCACGUACGAGAUGCGUAGUGUGCAUCAAACUGUAUCCAUGUUGUAUUAUCGUAGGAGUCGUAGGCCUUACAGUGACCACGCGUACUGGUUAGAGUUGGUCGUUCAGGACCAGUAGCUGCUUGAUUUGGGUUUCGGUGUCAGGAUUUGGUUAGGUCCUGUGUGUAGUUUGCGCAGUCGGAAAGAGACUGUUGGUUGUAUUGCAGGUUGCAAGCAGACUGUGUUGUAGCGACCAGGUAGUAAAUCCAGCGAGAGCUGCUCCUCUCUCUCUCUCUCUCUCUCUCUCUCUCUCUCUCUCUCUCUCUCUCUCUCUCUCUCUCUCUCUGUAUGAUGAUGGACGCUGGUGUUUCAGGCGAUGUACUCAUGUAACCCUUGUUUUGUACUGAGCUAUGGGCCUUUCUGUGUUGUGCGUGCU